AUGGCUGGGCUGCUGGCUACCUGUUCAGCUGAAAAGCAUGAGCUCCAAGGUUUCAGGGGCGUGGCUCUGGUUGCGGGGCGUGGCCAGGACUUGCAAGCUGACUCGAGGAGACUCUCAGUUCCAGAGCCACAACUGUCCACACCUGACAGUUCUUGGGGGACCUGGAGACCGUUGACCAGGCUGAGGGCUGACACAGGGCACCUCGGAAGUGAGAAGGCGGGCUUUCUUUUGCACGUCCAGAGGAAUGGACGUGGCGUGCAGAAGCGGGAGGGAAUAGAAGCCACCUGGGUAGGGAAGGUCUCUGACCGACAGCCCAUCCUUUUGCAGCGCCCUGUCCCAGGGUCAUGUGGCCACCGUUGGUGCUGCUGUUUCUGCUGCUUCCUGCUGCCCAUGGCGCCCCCCACCCAGCUGCGGACCUCCAGGAAAACUUUCCAACCGUAUUCGAAGAAAUUCAAACUGAAGGAGACAGAGGCAUGUGGAGGGAAGACAACCCGUUCGCUGGCUCCCGCUGUCCUCCUGGCUCAUGAGGUGGCCUCUAUGUGGUCCAGAAGCUGGGGACGAGGACCUGUAGCCUCAUGAGGGCCUGCCAGGCACAGGAUCGGGAGCUCCCCACUCCUUCUCUGGGGCCCUUCAGCUGCUGAAGGGGCUGGGGGUGGACACUAGUAUUCUAGCAGGGGACAUAUGUGGAACUCACCAGUCCCACCUGCAGCACCAUUUCAGAAUAAAAGAAAAAUUUCAAGUUUA